GCACACACGACGGCUGCUAGCAGCGACUGUUUGAACUUGUUUGGGUGACAAGUGUUGGUGUACCACGUCUCUUUUCUCUCUGCAUUUCCAUAGUAUUUGGGUCAAAAAAUUUAUUUUGUCCAAGAGAUUCUUUCGCCACUCUACCAUUAAUUUGUAUAAAGCUUUUUUUGGUUCCUCACAAAUAAAUGGAACUACUGCAGUGAAAUUGGGAGACUUUUUCCAGAAAUAUGUGGAAGUGAAAUCCACACACCACUACAUUAAGGCUUCUUUUCUGUUUAAAGUAACUUUACUGCUCCUAGCUGUUUCCCAUUUUUACAAGUUUGGUGAUUUUGAGCUGGUUUUUGGGUUUUUCUUGGGGUGAAAAUUUGAGAACCCACUGUGGGAAGGUUGGUUUUGGUUCUUGUUUGUAGGCCCAAAGUGUUUCAGUUUUGGGGGGGUUGAUCAGAAAAACCCAGAUCAUUAAUUGGUGAUGGUGCUUUUAAUUUGUAUUUUAUGUUUGUGUCAAAAGCUCCAAAGUGCUGGUGUUGCCCCCACCUCUUGCCACCAUUAAAAGAGCUCUGUUCUUCUUGGUUUUCUAUAACAGGGAGCUUGUAGCUCUUUUUAGAGCAAAAACUGAAGCAACUUAUUGUUAGGUUGCAAAUAACAUAACAUAUUAUUUCAUUCCUUCUUCUGUUUUUCUUUUUUCUUUUUUCUUUUUUAUGUUAUUCUUUCUUUCAUGAAAGUGAGUGUUGUGAUUCUGUACAAAACUGGAAAGUCUUUUACUAUUGGUCCAGUGAAGGCCCUUACUCUCUCUAUUAACCAGGCUUUGUAUUUUGAUAAUAAUACUUCGCAUUUUAGAGCCAAAUUUUCUCUGAAAUUUCCCAGCUUGAGCUUCUCUCUCUUUCAGCAAGACCAUGCUGCUGGUUUUGAGUCCCAGUUCCUUGUUGUUCAGAAACCAGUAGCAGUUGUGAGUCAAACCCAUCUGGGUUUUCAGUGUUAAGCAGCACCUCCAUGAAUUUGAGCUAAAACACCAGCACUUUUAGCUUUUCUGAGGGAAUAUUUUAAUAAAAAAACAGAAACCAAGAUUUGGUUCUGGUGCUGGGAAGUGAAUAAUCAAGACUUUAUCUGCAUCUGGGUUGAUUGAGUGGCGCUUGCUUUUUGGCUUGAAUAUGGCUACUAGGCUUCAGAACCAGGACCGGGUGCCAGAGAACCUGAGAAAACAGCUUGCUCUUGCUGUGAGAAGCAUCGAAUGGAGCUAUGCAAUCUUCUGGUCGAUUUCAGCAAGACAACCAGGGGUGUUGGAGUGGGGUGAUGGAUACUACAAUGGGGAUAUCAAGACAAGAAAAACAGUUCAAGCCAUAGAACUUAAUGCUGACCAAAUGGGAUUGCAAAGGAGUGAACAAUUGAGAGAACUUUACGAGUCCCUCUCGGCUGGUGAAGCAAGUCCACAAGCUAGAAGGCCUUCGGCAUCAUUAUCACCUGAAGAUCUAGCUGAUACGGAGUGGUAUUACCUAGUUUGCAUGUCAUUCGUCUUCAACGUUGGACAAGGGUUGCCAGGACGAACAUUAGCAAAUGGUCAACCUAUCUGGCUAUGCAAUGCUCACUAUGCUGAUAGUAAAGUGUUUACUCGCUCUCUCCUGGCAAAGAGCGCCUCCAUUCAGACUGUGGUAUGCUUUCCAUUUUUGGGAGGUGUGAUUGAGCUGGGUGUGACUGAGUUGGUUAUGGAGGACCCUGAUCUCAUUCAGCAUGUUAAAACAUCUUUCUUGGAGGUUCCAUAUCCCAUAGCUUCCAAGAAAACCAAUCCUAGUGUAGGAAGCACAAGAAAUGACAAUAAUCUUGCCUGCACUGUGCUUGAUCAUGAUGUUAUGGACGCCAAAUUAAUUCCUGUUGUAGGAUGUGAAGAAAUGAAUGUAACUUCACCUAAUAACAGUUCAAAUGGUUUGGGGCUCAAUCAACCAGCUGACGAUUCAUUCAUGGUUGAAGGGAUGAAUGGGGGAGCUUCUCAAGUGCAAAGCUGGCAAUUUAUGGAUGAUGAGUUCAGUAAUUUUGUACAUCAUUCUAUGGAUUCCAGUGACUGUAUAUCUCAAACUUUUGUAUAUCCUGAAAAGGUUCUCUUGGGUCCUAAGGCUGAAAAGGCAAGUGACCAUUGCCUGCAUGAUCUUAAAGAGCGCAAUAGCACAAAACUGACCUCUUUAGGUCCCCAAGGCACUGACUUGCAGUAUCAGAGUGUUCUUUCUGCCCUUUUAAAGGGCUCACACCAAUUGAUUUUGGGCCCAAACUUCCAAAAUUGUCAUCAGGAAUCUAGCUUUGUCAGUUGGAAGAGAGGAGGAUUUGUAAAAUGCCGGAAACAAAGAGGUGGAAGCCCGCAAAAAUUAUUGAAGCAGAUUUUGUUUGAAGUUCCUCGGAUGCAUGUUGAUUGUGUGCUCGAGUCCCCAGAAGAUAACAGUAAUAGAAAUGGAGUUUGGAGACCAGAGGCUGAUGAAAUUGGUAUGAAUCAUGCAUUAUCUGAGAGAAGGCGAAGGGAAAAACUAAAUGAAAGAUUUUGCGUUUUAAAAUCGAUGGUCCCCUCGAUUAGCAAGGAUGACAAAGUAUCCAUAUUAGAUGAUGCAAUAGAAUAUUUGAAAGAUCUUGAGAAAAGAGUUGAAGAGUUGGAAUCCUGCCAGGAGCCGUCAGAUUUAGAAGCCAAAAUAAAGAGGAAAAUCCAAGAUACUAUUGAGAGAACAUCUGACAACUGUUGCAACACCAAAAUUAGUAAUGGGAAGAAGCCAUUAGUUUACAAGAGAAAGGCCAGUGACAUUGAUGAAACGGAGCCAGAAAUCAGUUAUGUUGUAUCAAAGCACGGUUCAAGUGAUAAUAUAACAGUGAAUAUGAACAACAAGGAUGUUCUAAUUGAGAUGAAAUUUCCUUGGAGGGAAGGAGUGUUGCUAGAGAUCAUGGAUGCCACAAGCCGUCUCCAAUUAGAUACUCACUCAGUUCAAUCAUCCACAGCAGAUGGGAUUCUUUCCGUCACUAUUAAAUCCAGGUUCAAGGGGUCAACUGUCGCUUCAGCAGGGACAAUCCAGCAAGCACUUCAGCGAAUCGCCAGAAGCUGUUGAUGCUUGUUCUCUUAGUGAUGCUUAGAGGGUUAUUUGCUCUCUCAAAGUCUGUCAUUGUACAAUCGUGUAACGUUGAAAGGUUCUGUAGAUUUUCGCUGUAAGAAAAAUGAGUCUGUUGAGGAUUUUUCCUGCAGGUAAGUAGUCUAGCAACAGGAAUUAAACUUUUGUUAAAUGCACAAUUUUCUUCAAAUAUUUUGAUA